AUUUCCAAGAGAUGGGCUGAAUUGGCCUCCAUCUUUUGAACCUAGAUGAGGGGGGGGGUGUGAGGGAGCAGGCUCCGGGACAGAACUGGUUGCCUCCCCCGCAGGUCGGAAAUGCACAGCAAACCGGUCUCUCAACGCUUUGGACUGAUGCUGGAGGCCUUCUGCCGUGGCUGCGGGAUGUACCUCAAGCACCUCAACCGGCAGGUGGAGGCCAUGGAGAAGCUCAUCAACCUCACCGACAUCCUCAAGCAAGAGAAAAAGGACGAGACGCAGAAGAUGCAGAUGAAGUUCCUGGUGGAACAGAUGAGGAGGCCGGAUUAUAUGGAGGCGCUUCAGGGCUUCAUCUGCCCACUCAACCCCGUCCACCAGCUGGGCAACCUCAG